AUGGAAACAACAUUUUUCUCAGAUAUGGCUGAGGAUUUUAAACAACUUUUUGAAACUAUGGAAGACCUUCGGGAAUACGAUGGACCUGAAAUUCUUAAAAUUUUAAUUGCCUCUGACGAACUCGGACUUCAGAAACUUAUUGAUUUUAUUCAGAAGUUUUUAAUCGACAAUAGAGAUGAUUUUUUGCGUCAAGAUCCUGUUGGGAUGCUUUACAUUAUUACUCGUCAUUUAGGCUUCGGAAGUCUUAAAAAUGAUAAGAAUAAUAUUUCUGGAGCAACUAUCGGUCGUAUUUCUCCAAGUUAUUAUAAUUAUGCUGUAUACUGUCACAGCUCAUAUGGCCCAACAUUUGGAGCAGGUAAAGAUUUGCGUUGUUACGAUGGUACCAAUAAUUGGAGAUAUAGUCCAAGUAGUUACAAUAAUAUUAGUCUUCCAUCUUCAUUCACUGUAUCUGAUUGGGAAGUUUUUAAAGUAGUGACGAAAGCUUAA